UUUAGUCCAUGUUGGUGGGACCAGGUCACUGACUGUUCUCUUAGUUAUAGGGUGGGUGCUGUGGUUGUUUUCAGCCAUGUCAGUGGGCCUUAAAACACAAGCUGUAGGAUCCCUUGAAAUAUCCAUUUACUUUGCAGGCAGAGUGGUCCAGUGAUAGCAGCAGGGGAGUGAGUGUUAGGACUCUUAGCUUUGCUACUGACUUGUGUGACUUCGGGCAUGCCACUUAACCUCACUCUGCCUCAUGGUGCCCAUCUGUGAAAUGGGGACAAUAUUUACUUUGCAGGGAGCUUGUGAGGCUUCACUAAUCCUUAUAACAUGCACUCAAAUCCUCGGGAGCAGCAUGGCACAUUUUUAAUGAGGCGGCCUGGUAGCAUUAGUCCCGACACUGGGUGUCACCUCUGAGCUAUGGCUGUGUUGCCUUUAGCAACUUGCCUGCUGCUUGUAUUCUUUUCCUGGGGCUUGUCCUUUUACCAGCAGAAAUGCGGAAAAACCAGUUUGUGGUUAUUGCUGCACUUCCCUUCACGCCCACUGAGUCGGCCUUCUCCUCCUCCUCAGCCUGCACACACUUCGGCCUCUGACUGCAUUCUCUCUGCUGCACUCUGUCAACCUAAUAGGAUUCACGCUCCAAUUUUAUUAACCCUACUGCUUCUCCAUCCCUGCCCCAAAAGUCUUCUCCUGGCCUCUUCUCCCUUGGGCGAGCCAGUGGAUUGGUCAUAGGUAGAAGCCAUAGAUAACUGCCUUCCUGGCCCUGCCCAAGGGCAGCUUGUGGACUCAAUGGCUGGAACUGAUGACAAGAAUACGAAAACUCUAAGGGAGGUGUGGAGAAGAGCUGAAAAUGCCUUGUGCGCAGACUGUGAGAAGCCAGAUCCUGACUGGGCAUCAUAUACAUUGGGUGUCUUUAUCUGCCUGAACUGCUCAGGGAUCCACCGCAAUAUCCCUAACAUCAGCAAAGUCAAGUCCCUGAGGAUGGACCAUUGGGACGAGGUCCAGGUGCAGUUCCUGGAGCAGCAUGGGAACGCGGUGGCUAAAGCCACUUAUGAGGCUCAUAUCCCCAUUUACUAUUACCAGCCAACCUAUGCGGACUGCCAAGCCCUCAGGGAGCAGUGGAUACGGGCCAAGUACGAGCGCAAGGAAUUCACUGAGCCAGGGAGAGAGCUGCCGUAUUCAAAUGGGCUGAAGGAAGGGAUCCUAUGGAAACGGGGCCGGGACAACGGGCAGUUCUUACCCCGCAGGUUUCUCUUGUCUGAGCGAGAAGGCUGUCUCAAAUACUUUGCCAAACCGGACGCAAAAGAGCCCAAAAUCAAUAUUAAAAUUGACACAAUCAAUGCCACAUUCCAGCCAGUGAAGAUCAGGAACCCCAAUGGCCUGCAGAUCAGCUACCUCAAGGACAACAAGACCCGCAAUAUCUUUCUCUACCAUGAGGAUGGAAAGGAGAUAGUGGACUGGUUCAAUGCGAUACGCGCAGUGCAGUUUCAUUACCUGAAGGUGGCAUUUCCCAUUGCUGGUGACAGUGAGAUCAAAAGCCGACUAAUGCAGAAUUUCCUGAAGGAGGGAUACAUGGAGAAGACAGGCCCCAAGCAGAGAGAGGCCUUUAAGAAGCGCUGGUUCACACUGGAUCGCCGCAGACUCAUGUACUUCAAGGAUCCACUGGAUGCAUUUGCUAAAGGCGAGGUGUUUGUGGGCAGUAGGAAGCAGGGAUACAGCGUCAACCCAGGGCUGCCACCAGGAACUCAGGGCAGCUUCUCCUGGCAGUAUGGCCUCACUAUUGUCACCCCAGACCGGGAGUAUCUCUUCACCUGCGAGACAGAGAGCGACCAGCAGGACUGGAUUGUGGCCUUCAGUCAGGUCAUCGAGCAGCCCAUGACCCCCCAGGAGUAUGCAAUUGAAGCCUACUUCAAGCUCAGCUCCUAGGAACACCUUGGAGAACCGGACUGCAGCUCUGCUCUGCGCAAGCCCUUUGGUAGGGUGCUUUGGGAGAGAAGAGGGGCUGUGCACCAGAGAAUCUAGACUCCCCUAGGACCUCACAGUUUGGAGCACUUUUUCUUAAACAGAUCAGCCAACCUCCCUCUGUGGUGAGGGGUCCAAUUAGGCUGUACCCCUAUACAUGGAAGACACAUUCCAAUAAUGAACACUUGAAGCAACCGUCCCCUGAGACCACUCCUAAGCAAUGAUGUGAUCUAAUUGGAGACUGGCAGGGUCUGCCAACCAAUCAGGCUUUGAAGGUUUGAGUACCAGGAAUGGGGGGAGGGGUCAUCUUUUAAACUUCCGUUAUCGCUCCUUACUGGAAAAGGGGAAACCCUCAUCGAAGUGGAAAUAGCCAAGUACUCUAUCAACAUGGGUGGUUUGCAGGGUGGAGCCGAGCUCUGGCAGGGAGCAGACACUAGUCUAGAAGCACUUAUAACAUUACAAGGGAAAUUGCUCCUCAGCUGCUUAGGGAGAAUUGAAUCCUUCUGGAAAUACGACGUUUGACAUUUUGCCAUCUAGGAAGGAUGUUUAGAAAAUUAGUUCUACUGCCAGCACCUUCUUUUUCAUUGGCCAAGGCUGCUGCAUUCGAUAACCCAAUUCAACUACCACAGCCUUGUCAAGUCACAUAUUCACAGGCGACCCUCCUGCAAAAUUCUGCUACAGAGAUUAAGCAGCUGGUGUGGAUGUGUUUAUAUAUGUGAGGGAGUCACUGAUACUAGUGGGGAGAAGACACAGCAUGACUAUUGACAGAAUUGCAAAGGGGGAAACUGUUGUCAUUCUGAGCUGUAUGUUGUCAUGUUGUGUGUGUUCUGUGACCAUACUACCUAGCUUGCAUCUUUUUAGCAACAGACCUCAAAGCACUUUACAAAGGAACAAGUAGAAUUAUCCCCGGUUUAUAGAUGGAGAAGCUGAAGCACAGGGAGUGAAAUAACUUAUGCAAGGUCACGCAACAGACUGUGAUAGAGCCCAAAACAAAACCCAGGUCUUCUCAUUCCUAGUUCAGGGUAGGUCUACACUACAGCACUAAUUCGAACUAACUUAGUUCAAAUUAGUUAAUUUGAACUAAGCUAAUUCAAACUAGUGCAUCUAGACCUAAAAACUAGUUCGAAUUAGCAUUUUGCUAAU